AUGUCAAACAAUUUUUUGACGUGAGCGAUGAACCUGCUCGUCGACAUGUCUUCGUUAAAAUUAAAUUUCUUAGUGUUUUCAAUAAUAAUAGGAAUAAUUGUGAGUGCUAAUACACAGACUGUGCACAGACGGUUUGAAUACAAGUAUUCAUUCAAGCCGCCGUAUUUAGCACAAAAAGAUGGAUCAGUUCCAUUCUGGGAGUACGGAGGCAAUGCGAUAGCGUCGGGCGAGAGCGUGCGGCUGGCGCCGUCGCUGCGCAGCCAGAAAGGCGCCAUCUGGAGCAAGCAGCCGCUCAACUUCGACUGGUGGGAGGUCGACAUCAUGUUCAAGGUCACCGGCCGCGGCCGCAUCGGCGCCGACGGGCUGGCGUUCUGGUACACGACGUCGCGCGGCGACUACACGGGCGAGGUGUUCGGGUCGUCCGACCGCUGGAACGGGCUCGGCAUCAUCUUCGACUCGUUCGACAACGACAACAAACACAACAACCCCUACAUCAUGGCCGUCGUCAACGACGGGACCAAGGUGUUCGACCACAAGAGCGACGGGUCGCAGCAGCUGCUGUCGGGCUGCCUGCGCGACUUCCGCAACAAGCCGUUCCCGACGCGCGCGCGCAUCGAGUACUACCUCAACACGCUCACCGUCUACUUCCACAACGGCAUGACCAACAACGAGGCGGACUACGAGCUGUGUUUCCGCGCGGAGAACGUGGUGCUGCCGCGCGGCGGACACCUGGGGCUGUCGGCCGCCACGGGCGGACUCGCCGACGACCACGACGUGCUGCACCUGCUCACCACCUCGCUGCACGCGCAGCAGCAGCAGGGCAGCCAUCCCAUCAGCUCGGACGAGCAGCAGAAGCUGUCGCAGGAGUACCAGGAGUACCAGAAGAAGCUCGAGCUGCAGAAGGAGGAGUACCGGAAGGAGCACCCCGAUGAGAUGCGCGACAAGGAGGGCGAGAUGGAGGACUGGUUCGAGUCGGACGGACAGCGCGAGCUGCGGCAGAUCUUCCAGACUCAGGCCGCGCUGCGCGCCGACCUGCGCGACCUCGGCCUCAAGCUCGACGAGGUGCUGGGCAAGCAAACGAACUCGCUGUCGAUGUUAACAGCAGUGUACAGCCACAGCCAGGGACAGCCGCCCGCGCAGCCGGGACAGGUGCCCGCGCAGCUGCCGGCGCCGGUCGGCCGCCACGAGUGGGACGCGCUGCUCGCCAACAACCAGCUGCUCGUCAACACCAUCGCCGAGCUCAAGGGCUUCAUAAUUGACGUGUCGCGGAAGUCCGACACGAUCCUCGCGGCGGGCGGCGCUCAGACUGGAGGCGGCGGCAUCAACCCGCAGUUCCUGGCGGAGCUGCGGGACUCCGUGAACCAGGUGAAGACCACGGUCGCCGGCGUCGCGCAGCGCGUGUCGUCCCCGCCGCUGGCGGCGGCGCAGCACGCGUGCCCCGCGGUGUCGUGCGUGUCGCUGACGGCGCUGCUGCUGGCGCUGGCGGCGCAGCUGGGGGUCAUGCUCAUGUAUAACAUGUACAAAGAAAGGAAAGAAGCACAAGCGAAGAAGUUCUUCUAAGUUGUGAAAAGUGUGUGUACUAUACAUACAUACACAGCGCUGCCCACAAAUAUAUACAGCCAUGAGAAAAAGUCGCAACACGCUGGAAUUAGUAUGUAAUGAAAGUUCUGAGGCUCGAAGUGUCUGUGUGUUGUGUGGUGCCACACGGUAGUGGUCGAGGUGAAUUCAAACGGAAAGGUUUACAUGAAAUGUUAAAUCUCAUUAUUUAUUCCGCUGAAAUUUUGAAAAAAUGUUUUAUUUGAUAAUGUUCUUGCAAAUUUUUUUUUAUGCACAAAAUGAUGUCGCAAAAAUUGCAAUUUGUCAAAAAUAUGACAAAGUAUAUUUUGUAUAUUUUAAAGAUUAAUAUAUUAUUUAUUUAUCGGUAAACAUUCUAAUGAAAACAUUGACAGUGACACCAAAUGUUGAAAUUUUAUUUUUAGUUAUAAUUUGUUAAAAUCAAUAUACAAUUUAGUCUGUCAUUUUUUCACAGAAUAUUUACUGAGCUAUAAUAAUUAUUAUAUAUUGUAAAUAAAAUAAUUGAAUGUUACGAACAAGAAAGAGAGGUGGGCAGCGCGCUUAAAUUUUUUUACCAUCAAUGUGUGACGUUAAUUAAUUCUGUACAUAAUAUUUAUAUAUAUAUAAAUAUGUUUUCUUUAGAAAUUAACAAUGAAAAGAAAACCGCAUUUUGUUUUUAAUUAUUAUAUCUCUAAGAUCUAAAAACCAUAAGACUAAUAUUGAUCUUAGAAUUGUUAAUGUGUUUAGGAAAAUGAAAGUUUUGUGGUAAAUAUGAUAACUUGUUAUCGUUUCCUCUCACAAGGUCGAUCUAAAACAAUUUAAUUCAGUUGGCCCUAAGUUCCUAUCAAACGUAAAAUGUUAAACACAUUUUUGUUAUUAACAUUACUCAAUGCAUUGUCUAUUUCUAAAGAAAAUUAUCAUAUGUAUUAGUACUUUUUUAAUUUUGUCUCAAUGUUUUUUAUUGUUAUCGUUUAAAGCGCAAUAGAAUGGCUGAAACUAGUCUGCCGUCAUACGAAAAGAAGACUCGACAUUUCUAUAUAUAGCUUAUACAUUUCGGCAUCUGAAAAGAAAAUAUUGUGAAAUUAUGAAUAUUACACAAUUUGGAAACUUUUCUAUUUUGUGUUAAGUCUGUAAUGUUCUGUAUGUCGGCAGCAGUCACAAAUCACCUUCCGCAUGAAACUACUCCGAUUAAUUUGUUGUUAUAACGCCGUAGUUGUAUUAAUAUUAUUGUAAUUACAAUUUAUUCUUCCUUCUGCAUUUGUAAUGAUAAGUUCCUUUUUUAAAAAAAUAAAUGGAUAAAGUUUU